CACCUCUGUUGUGAGAGAACGGAACCGGAGGAAAAAAGUAUCCACGUAUAUCGAACGCUUCCAGUGAGGGACAAUUACACGGAUAUUGCCAUUUCAAUUCAAGCUUUUAAAGGGAAUACACAUUCGAUUUUCUUAAAGAAAAUAACGGAAUUCAUAGUGGCGGGGUAAGUGUAAAUCCUAUUCACAGGACCCAUUUGUUCAAGGAAGGGAAGAAAAUGGAGUUGGAAGACGGAGUAGUGUACCAGGACGACCCGGGGACAUCGGCUAUGAUGUCGGAGCGGGUAUCGGGCCUGGCCAACUCCAUCUACCGCGAGUUCGAGAAACUGAUAGGAAAAUAUGACGAAGAUGUGGUGAAAGAACUGAUGCCGCUCGUCGUGGCUGUGCUGGAGAACCUGGAUUCGGUGUUCGCGGAAAACCAGGAACAUGAAGUGGAACUAGAACUGUUAAAGGAGGACAACGAACAGCUCAUCACGCAGUAUGAACGGGAGAAAGCGCUGAGGAAACACGCAGAGGAGAAGUUCAUGGAGUUUGAGGACAGUCAGGAGCAGGAGAAGAAGGACCUUCAGAACCAUGUGGGCAGAAUGGAGUCCCACUCCCGCCAGCUGGAACUCAAGAUCAAGAACUACGCAGACCAAAUCGGCAGGAUGGAAGAGCGAGAGUCUGAGCUGAAGAAGGAGUUCAACUCACUCCAUCAAAGACACACAGAGAUGAUCCAUAACUACAUGGAGCAUGUAGAGAGGAUCAAGCUCCACCAUAUGAGUGUAGUAGAGACUUCAGACUCUGGAACGGUGGGCAGAGUCAGGAAAGAGCGUCCCAUGUCUCUGGGUGUCUUCCCCAUGUCAGGAGGGGGGUCAGUUCUGACCCCUGACCUCCAGGCCAGGUCUGAGACGCCGGGCGCAGAGGCCUGGAGAUUCAACGACCUGGAACAUCCGCGCUCCAAUGCCAGCCUCAAGCAGUUGGAUGCAGACGACCCCCCAAAGAAAAGGGAUGGAUACAGUACGCUGCAGAUCUCUUGGGGGAAUUCACUCCCAGACGACUGCAAGGACGAGCUGUCGGACCUUGGCUCGAAGUCGAUCACUCCCAUGUCCACCACGGCUUCGGACGUCGCCAUGGAAGGGGAGGGGCCAAACAGUAAGAGCAUGGAG